AUGGCUUCUGUCUCUGCUGAAAUUCCGUUACAGGUAGUCUUGUCCCUAUUGGAUGCUCCUCAACCAGCAACCUUGUCCUAUGUUUUGAAAUCAUUAUACCUUUCCAAAUAUACAAUCACUAAGGCAUCAAAAGCAGAUAUCAAUCAUUUGAUUGCCAAAAUCAACAAUUUAUUGAACUCCAAGGAUAACUUCAAAAAAUGGUAUGGCUCUCAUGUUGUUCAAGUUAUUGGCUUGAACCCUGUCAUUUUAACAAAUGGUGGCUCUACCUUCAUUGUUGGUUUGUUGAAAACAAUUAAUGAUACUAGUGUUCCAGCUGUUACUUUCAAAAACGCUGCUUUGGCCUUAGAUCAAUUGAUCAGUGGUAUUAGAGGAAAACCAGUACUAACCAGAGAGCUUCUAACUCCAAAUUUACCGAAUAUCAUCUCAUCAUUAUUGGAUAAUUUGAACAGAGAUAUCUAUGUUGUUUUACCAAUUUUGAAAAACUUAUUGUUGAAGAACACAACAACAUUUAAACCUUUUGUUAAAAAAUUUGAAACAAAGUUGGUUGACCUGUUAUUGAAAAAUUUCAAUAGCUUCAACAAACAAUUGAAAAAAGACAUUUGUCAAUCAUAUGCCUACUUAAAUUUAGUCAAACCAACUCAAAACACCAAUCAAGGUGGUCAAAAUGUUCAAGCAUUACCAGAUGAUCAAUGGAGAGCUAAGAUUUUCAAGCUCUUGGGUGAGUUGAAAUCAGUUAUUGUCAUUUACGACGACCUUGUUGAAUUGAAAAAUGAGAAAGAUUCUGCUGAAUUGUUAAAUCAAUUGCCAAAUUCUGAUGCCAAAGAUUUCAUUUUCCCAUUUUUGAAAGUUGAUCUUAGUGAACCAAUUUCAAUAAUUCAAAUUUCUCAAAGAAUUGAAGUUUUGACUCAAUUAAUUAUUGCAUUCUUAACUUCACCAACUCCUUUCCCAUUAAGAAUCCCACUCGGUUUAAUUAUUCAAAGCUCUGAACUACUAUUGGGUAUCUCACCAAAUUACAUCCCAUUGAAAAAAGAGUUGGGCAGAAAUGAAGACUUGAAAAAAAUCAUUGUUAAUGACAUUUCCAAAACUCAAGCUCAUGGUGCUUUUAUUUUGUAUCAUAUCACUAAGCACUACAAAAAAUUAGUUUUACCACAUUUAUCUUCAGUUUUAUCAAGUUUGGAAGUUGCUAUUCCUAUUAAGAAUGAUAAGGGUUCAAAAGUCAUCAAAAUUAAUGAUGAUUCAUGUUUAGCUAUCGAAUCAGAAUUGAUAACCAUAAUUAAAACUACUUUAGAAAUUUUGAAAUUAUUCCAAGGAUUGACUGAUCUUGAUUUGAUCAAUAAGUUAAUUGAUGUUUCAAUCUUGUUUUUACAAAAGAGAACUCCAUUAGAUGGAUUACUUGAUAAGCAGGAAGUAAAGAAAUCUCAACAACAGCAACAAGGUCAAAAGAACAAGAAGAAGGGGAAAAGCAAAGAUUCAACACCAUUAGCUGAUAUACUAUCACAUGCUGAAUUAUUUGAAGUUGAACCUCCUAAAGAAACCAUUUCCAUAAUACUAUCAUUUUUCGAAGUUGUUAUCAAGAGAAUUCCAACCUUGUCUCCAAACUAUAGAAUCAAAAUUGUUAAAUAUGUCAUUUCUACUGCUGUCAAGGAAAGCUCUACCAAAUCUCAUGUCUUGGAUAGAACUAAAAAGUUAUUGGAAGCUGUUGUUUUGUAUCCAAGUAAUGGUGAAAUCUAUUCCAUUUUACCAAUUGCAAAAAGACUAUUAUCAAAUAAUGAAGUUUUGAGCUUGUUGACUAAUCCAAGAUUCCCGCCUCUAGAAACCAAAUUUAAACCUCAACUUCAAAACAGUGCUAUUGAAGACGAUGUUGAGGAUGAAGAGGAAGAAACUCAAGAACUAUCAAAUGUACCAGAAGUUGAAGAAAAACCAAUUGAAAUUGGGGAAGUUGUUGAACAAAACAUUAAAGCUCGUGAAGUUCCAAUCCCGGAACAACCGUCAAUAGUCUUCAAGACUGAUGAAGAAGUGAAAGAGCAAAAUGUUUUAACUUUUGCAGAUGACAAGCAACCAACUGAAAUUGAGGAUGAAAGCUCAUCAAACAAGACAAGGUCAUUAGAAGAUGAUGAAGAUACACCUUCAAAACGCAUCAAAAUUGUAAGUGAAGGUACCAAGACCGUUCAAAUCCCAGCCGAUAAAAUAGGUCAAGAGGAAGAUAGUGACUCUGAUUUUGAAAUCCCAAACAUUGAAGUCGAUAGUGAUGAGGAAGAUGAAUAG